AUGAUUGCACCCCCCCUUUUCAAAGCGAAAUACUCGUUCGCCCAUCGUCUUGGUUGUUUCGCUUGCCUCUGGGUGUUCAAGUUAGCGGCCAGCGUAAUUUUUCCUCUGAUUGAAUUGUUCAAUCCUCCUCCGUCUGCAAUUCGACCAACAUUGGUGAAAAAGUAUGCAUGCCGACCGCGUCUUGGGUGCCGAAUCUUCUUCCCACCAGGUCAUGAGACCAGAAAGCGUCUUCCUCUAUAUUUCAGUAUACAUGGUGGAGGCUUCGCGAUCCUCGACGCGCGGUCGGACGAUGCAUUUUGUUCAUCCUGGGCGGAGCGUACGGGAAUGCUCGUCGUGAGCUUGAACUAUCGCAAGGCACCGUGGUAUCCGUUUCCCAUUGCUACCACGGAUAUUCAUGCUGUUGCAACUGCUGUGCUAGCAGAUGAAAGCUUGCCCAUUGACCGAAAUCGCGUGUCAAUGGGUGGGUUCAGCGCUGGCGGUCAGUUGGUCUUGUCGGCGUGUCAACUGCCUGGUCUCAAAGGGAUCGUCAAGGCCGCCAUUGUGUACUAUCCCGUUGUUGAUUUUGGCCUCUUGACAAACCAAAAAUUGGAAUCGCGGCCGUAUAUCAAUGGGCCCAAAGAUGGACUCGAAGUGCCCUCGUGGUGGGUCGAUUGGGCAUUCGUGCCCCCGGGUCAAAACAGACGCGAUCCCUUGCUGAGUCCCUACUACGCGAAGAAAGAGGAUCUCCCGCCGUGGAUAUACGUUGUGGGCGCACAAUGGGACCUGCUUCGCCUCGAAGCGCAGGAAUUGAUCCAUCGACUGGCAGAAAGCGAAGAACGGAGCAAUCCAGAGCAGGACUUUGAGCGCGGGAAGUACAAAUGGACACUCGCCACGGGUUGUUCGCACGGCUUCACGCAUGCCGACCCACCUCCCUCUCUGUCAUCGCAACGAAAGACGAAAGCCGAGUGGGUGUAUGAAGAAGCCCAUCGGUGGCUGAAGAAAAGUGUAUUAAUAUGA